AUGUCUCGCUUUGGCGUGCACGUCAGCCACGCGUUCGUGUCGAGAUUUCAACUACGUUGUGGCGAGAAGGACAUGGAUUCUACGACCCCAGUGCAAAAAUGGAUGCACGGACCGAUACCGGACAGACGCAAACCAGUCGCAUGCAAGAAGUCCGGGUACGACCGCCAGACAGUGGACAAGGGGCUUGCUUACGCAUACCAUCGAAAGUAUCGCAGCCACGAACCUACGUUCGAGCACGCUUACCCACCUCCGCAUGUCAGAAAUCCACCGCGAGCGAUGGUGCGUCGGCUCAGCUCUAACCCGUGA